AUGAAUAUUGAGCUCUCCCAGACAGUCCAAAGAUGGUGCAUUCCGAAACGCUCCACACUUGCACAAGAAUUUCCACAACUUUUAAUCGUGAAAGAGAAAACAAAAAGCUAUGUAACAAUGUCGCAUAACUUCGUAGCCUGUGAUGCCGCAACAGAGCGCCAGCACAGAGCGUAUGUGUUUGCCAACCAACAAGUCUUCCAGCACGCCUGGUUGCGCGACGCCUGGGCAACACUGAACAUUGAGGAUGAAACGACUUGGGAGUACGUCAACUUUAUGAUGAUCAGCGAGCUUGAGCGGGAGAAGUUUGAGGCGGAUGUGCUUGCACGCACCGUUCAUCCGAAUAUUAAGUUCGUGGAAGCCAAAGUCCACCUACUGCCACAUGUGUUCAGCCAGAAAGCACCUCGUGGACGCGGCAACUUCAACCCACGGUACCAGCAAAGGAACAACAGCUGGACACGUCAGAACUUCGCUCAACGUCAACACUUCCAGAGUCCACAACAUAACUACGACCAUCGAGCCGACACUUACCAAGCGCCCCAGAACUCUUUUUAUCCAAUGCAGCAAUACUUUUCUGGACCAUUCCAAACUGUUUCUCCGAUGGCAGUGCCAAUCCCUCCCGCUCCUGUCGGUUAUGUGCCAGUCAAUCAUGGCUACAACAACACUUUCUCAGCAGCUCCCAUGCAAAACGGCUACUCCCAACAAAUUCUGCCAAAUGGUGGUUAUUAUCCAUCUCCAACCGAGUCACGAGACAGUGGAGUGUACACAAGCUCACCAUCGAAUGGAUACGAAGGAAAUCGGAACAUCCAAUAUAUUCCAGCACCUUAUCCAAAUGACGAACAACACGUACCAGCCUUUCCUUCAGACAUGGCUCAGAUCCAUGAUCUAUUACCAAGUCGUUCUCUCCGUCAGGAUGCUUAUCGAGAAGUGCAAAUGGUGAACGUGGAACCACAAAUGCAAACCACCAUCGAGCCUGAACCUAAUUUUGAGAAAAAUCUGCAAAUCAUUUCCGGACAACACGAGGAAUCACAGACGGCCGUUGAAAAGGAUAAUGGCAACGAUGACUCAUCACUGCAAGUGUCCAAAAAUGUUGCUACUCUUCAAGUUGUGAUUGAGAAACAUGCGAAGUUAACGGAAUCAACUGAUCUUGAUACCAAAGAAAUCGAAGGGCAGGACACUUCAGAUGAGGCAACUGAGACUGCGUCGAUGCCAAGCAAUUCAGAAUCUGUGCUUCCAACUGCACCCAAAUCAGCUAAAUUUAUGGAGGAAAUCAAACCACCGAGCAUUGGAACUCCUGUCGAGGAUAACAUUCAAACCACCACCGAGCUUGAAUUCGAAAAGGAGAGUCCGAUCGUAACUGAUGAUGUGUCUGGCGCUUCCAAUAAAGAUCUGAAUUGUGACCUCUCAAAACUUAAACCUGUUCAGUCUAUGGAAUGUUCUGAUUUUGAUGCCGAAGGACUCAAAGAUCAGUUCACUUCUGACGAGGCAACUCUGACUUUGGUCCCACAUGCACACGAAUCAGCAAUAUUUGUGGUGGAGGCCAAACUACUUCCGAGCAUUGGAACUACUGUCGAGUAUGACAUUCCAAUCAACAUCGAGCUUGAACUCCAAACGGAGAGUCAGAUUGUAACUGAGGAUAUGUCUGGCGCCACGAAAAAGGACUCAGAUUUGAAUUGUGAGCAGUCGAAAUAUGAGAAACCAGUGCAACCUGUGGAGCGUUCUGAUUUUGAUGCCGAAGGACUCAAAGAUCAGUUCACUUCUGACGAGGCAACUCUGAUUUUGCUCCCACAAGCAGCCGAUUCAGCUAAAUUUGUGGUGGAGGCCAAACUACUUCCGAUCAUUGAAACUACUGCCGUGUGUGACAUUCAAACCACUAUCGAGUUUCAAGUGGAGAUGAACGGACAAAUGCUUGUGCAACAACACAAAAAACCACAAAUGGCCGUUGAAGUCGACAAAGGCAAAAUAGAGCCACGACUACAAAUCAGCAGAUCAAAGGAUGUUGAUACUCGUCCGAAUGUUGCUGAUGAUACGCCUGGCGCAUCAAAUACGGAGAGUGAUCCCUCAAAACUCGAGAAACCAGUUCUCACAACUCCAAUGACACCAAUUGAUACUGAAACCAAAAAACUCAAAGGAAAGAUAACUGAUGACGGACCAGCAGAUCCAUACAACUCCGACUUCAUCAUUCCAUAUAUUUCCAAAUUGGCGGAAGAUCUAGAAUUCCCAUCACCACUAGAUGCUGAUGUGCCAACGGUGGAAAAUGAAAAGCCCAUCAAACCACUGAUGUCUGAAGUCUUGCUUGCUGCGAUUGAAAAGGAGAAGGGAACUGUCAAUCCCUGUUUGAAUGCUGCUCCAAUCUUGCAACGGAAUAUGUGUCAGAAGGGGAACAAGAAUCUGAAGUCUUGCACAAACUCCCACGCCUCCGAAGCUACGUCGUUGUCUCAAAUCAAAAAAAGUGAUAAGCGAUUCCAUAACAAGACCCCCAAGGCUCCCAAAAAUCAACUGCCAGCCAAGCAAGAACAGGAUUCUACCUCGGAAUGGAAAACGGUCAAAGGUUCAUCUAAGGACACCAACAAUAAUAAGAAGUUGGCAGUUGCUGAAGAACAACCACCAGUUGCCAAAGAGAGCAAGAAAAGUCCAUCGUCCAAAGAGCUGAAAGCGUCGACAACUGUUUCCUCAAUUUCACCAACACUGAAAGCCGAGCAAUCAGGAAAGGAAAAUCUAGUAGAUUCGACCACUGAUAAACCAGAUCAGCCUGAAAAAUCCCAAACCCCGAAGUCCAGUCUCAAAAAGUCCAUGAAAAACAAAAAGAAGGACAAAAAGGCCAAAACUGCCAAAUCCUCGGUCAUCGAUGAUCUUGAUACUCUUCUCGAACAAUUCAAGGAGGAGGAUAAAAAAUCAGCAGAGAAAAGUGGCAAAGUCUGUGAGGCGGUGUUCGAUCCGGCAAACGGUCACAAAAAGAAGAGGACGAUCCGGCAAUAUCGAGCAGAAAGGGAGGAAGCUGAGAGGAAUGAGCAGGAGGUAUUUGACUCACUCAAAACAGAAGGACAGCGACUGGAAAUCUGCGUCAAUGUGACUCUUCAGCAGUUCAUUGAAGAGCUCAAUUAUUGUGUCAUUAACCGCUCACCAAUGUUCAACUGGCCUGAAUGCCCACUAAGAGAUCUGUUCGAAAGCGAGGAGAUCACCCGAAAACGUGAUGAUCUAGUGCUCGCUUUUAUCCAUUCUAGAAUUUCGGACCAGUUCGAAAGGGUUGGAACCACUGCGAAGCUGCGGGAGUUGUACUACCGCUUCAUCAGACGUCACUACAUCUCCAAUCUGGGAUUCAUCUUGGAGCCCUUGGCGCAAAUCCUUUUGGAGAUCACCUUUGAAGAUGAGAGAGAAUUCUUCGGCAGAAUGCUCAACAAACGAGAGCUCAGAGAAAAACUGAAAAUGUCGCAUAACUUCGUAGCCUGUGAUGCCGCAACAGAGCGCCAGAACAGAGCGUGUGCGUUUGCCAACCAACAAGUUUUCAAGCACGCCUGGGUGCAACAUGCCUGGUCAUCACUGGAUAUUGAGGAUGAGUCGACUUGGGAGUACAUCAACAGUAUGGAGAUCAGCGAACUGGAACGGAAGAAGUUCGAGGCGGAUGUGCUCACAAGCAACGUUCACCCAAAUAUUAAGUUCCUGAAAGCCGAAGAAGAUCUGCUGCCAUUUGUCGUCAGACUUAGAGCACCCCGUGGACGCGGCGACUUCAACCAGCGUAACCAGCAAAGGAACAACAACUGGACACGUCAGAACUUCGUUCAACAACAAAACUUCGAACAACGAGCUGACGCUUUCCAAGCGCCCCAGAACUUCAAUUAUCCAAUGCAUGAACACUUUUCUGGACCACUCCAAACUCCUCCGAUGGCAGUACCAAUCUCUUCCGCUCCUGUCAAUUAUGUGCCAGUCAAUCAUGGAUACAAUAACACUUUCUUCGCAGCUCCCAUGCAAAACGGCUACUCUCAGAGCAACCAGCCAAAUGGUGGUUAUUAUCCAUUUCCAACCGAGUCACGAGACAGUGGGGUGUACACAAGCUCACCAUCAAAUGCAUACGAAGGAAGUCAUAACAUCCAAUAUAUUCCAGCAUCUGAUCCACGUGAUGUCCCAUACGCAUCAGUCAUUCCUCCAGGAGUGUCUCAAAUCUAUGAUCCAUCACAGGGUGUUCCACCACAGUCGGUCGACUUCAAUUAUCCAAUGCAGCAAUACUAUUCUGGACCAUCCCAAGCUGUGCCUUGGAUGGCAGGGAAAAUCCCUCAAGGUCCCUUUGGUUAUGUGCCAGUCAACCGUGGCUACAACAACACUUUAUCAGCAGCACCCAUGCAAAACGGCUACAACCAGAACAUUCUGCCGAAUGGUGGUCAUUAUCCAUGUCCAACCGAGUCACGAGACAGUGGAGUGUACACAAGCUCACUAUCGAAUGGAUCCGAAGGAUGCCAGAACUUCCAACAGGUUCUAGCCUCUUCUCCAAGUGAUGACCCAUACGCAUCAGUCUUUUCUCCAGAAGCGUCUCAAAUCCAUGAUUCAUCACCAAGUCGUUCUCUCCGUCAGGAUGCUCAUCGGAAAGUGCAAACGGCGAAUGCGAAGCCACUAAUUCAAACCACCAUCAAGGUUGAACCCAAUUAUGAGAGUAAUCUGCAAGUUGUUUCCGGACAACACGAGGAACCACAGUUGACCGUUGAAGAUGAUAAUGGCAAUAAAGACACACCACAACAAGUGUCUGAUGAUGUUUCUACUCUUCAAGUUGUAAUUGAGAAACCGGCGGAGUUUAUGGAAUCAACUGAUUUCGAUACCGAAAAAACCGAAAAGCAUGACACUUCAAAUGAGGCAACUGUGACAUUGGCGAAGCAACGUAAUUCAGAAUCUGGGCUUCCAACUGCACCCGAAUCUGCUGAAUUUGUGGAGAAAGUCAAACCACUGAGCAUUGGAACUACUGUCGAGGAUAACACUCAAACCACCACCGAACUUGUACUCGAACAGGAGGGUUCGAUAGUAACUGAUGAUGUGUCUGGCGCUUCCAAUAAAGAUCUGAAUUGUGACGUCUCAAAACUUAAACCAGUGCAGUCUAUGGAAUGUUCUGAUUUUGAUGCCGAAGGACUCAAAGAUCAGUUCACUUCUGACGAGGCAACUCUGAUUUUACUCCCACAUGCACACGAAUCAGCUAAAUUUGUGGUGGAGGCCAAACUACUUCCGAGCAUUGAAACUACUGCCGUGUGUGACAUUCAAACCACUAUCGAGUUUCAAGUGGAGAUGAACGGACAAAUGCUUGUGCAACAACACAAAAAACCACAGAUGGCCGUUGAAGUCGACAAAGGCAAAAUAGAGCCACGACUACAAAUCAGCAGAUCAAAGGAUGUUGAUACUCGUCCGAAUGUUGCUGAUGAUACGCCUGGCGCAUCAAAUACGGAGAGUGAUCCCUCAAAACUCGAGAAACCAGUUCUCACAACUCCAAUGACACCAAUUGAUACUGAAACCAAAAAACUCAAAGGAAAGAUAACUGAUGACGGACCAGCAGAUCCAUACAACUCCGACUUCAUCAUUCCAUAUAUUUCCAAAUUGGCGGAAGAUCUAGAAUUCCCAUCACUCACUAGUAAAGCUUCGGAUUCAGUUGUAAAGUGCUUAAAGGAUGCUGAUGUGCCAAUGGUGGAAAAUGAAAAGCCCAUCAAACCACUGAUGUCUGAAGUCUUGCUUGCUGCGAUUGAAAAGGAGAAGGGAACUGUCAAUCCCUGUUUGAAUGCUGCUCCAAUCUUGCAACGGAAUAUCUGUCAGAAGGAGAACAAGAAUCUGAAGUCUUGCACAAACUCCCAAGCCUCCGAAGCUACGUCGUUGUCUCAAAUCAAAAAAAGUGAGAAGCAAUUUUAUAACAAGAAACUUGAGCCUCCAACAAACCACCUGCCAGCCAAGCAAGAACAGGACUCCACCUCGGGCUGGAAAACGGUCAAAGGUUCAUCUAAGGACACCAACAAUAAUAAGAAGUUGGCAGUUUCUGCAGAACAACCACCAGUUGCCAAAGAUAGCAAGAAAAGUCCAUCGUCCAAAGAGCUGAAAGCGUCGACAACUUCUUCCUCAAUUUCUCCAACACUGAAAACCGAGCAAUCAGUAAAGGAAAUCCUAGCAGAGUCGUUCAUUGACACACCAGACCAGCCUGAAAAAUCCCAAAUCACAGAGUCCAGCCAAAAGAAGUCCAUGAGAAACAAAAAGAAGGUCCAAAAAGCCAAAGCUGCCAGACCCUCGGUCAUCGAAGAUUUCGACACUCUCCUGAAGCAGUUCAAGGAAGAGGAUAGAAAAUCAGCGGAGAAAAAAGGCGAGGUCCGUGAAGUGGUGUUCGAGAAGACAAACGGCAACAAGAAGAAGAGGACGAUUCGUCAAUAUCAAGCAGAAAAAUGGCAAUAUGAAGCAGAAAAAGAGGAGGCUGAGAGGAAUGGGCAGGAGCUAAUCGAUUCUUUCGAGAACGUAGAUAAACGACUGGAAAUCUGCGUCAAUUUUGGUCUUCCUCUAUUUUUUGUAGAGCUAGAUGAUUGCGUGAAAAACCGCUCACCAAUGUUCAACUGGCCGGAAUGCCCAGUGAGGGACUUCUCUGAAAGCGACGAAACCACUCGGGACCGUGACGAGCUAGUGCUCAGAUUCAUCAACAUAAGAAUUUUGGACCAAUUUAAAGGGGUCGGCACAACUUGUGUGCUGCAGGACAAGUUCUACAGUUUCCUCGGACGUCAUUACAAUUCCAACUUGGGACCUAUUCUGGAGCCGUUGGCGAGAAUUCGCAUGGAGCGAGAAAUAAUCCUUCACGACGAUUGGGAGCUGAUUGUCAGAAUGCUCAACAAACGAGAGCACAGAGCCGAGUGGAAGGAGUUCAACUUCCACUAUAUGAGAUCGACUGAUAAGAUUCGAUUCGAUUAA